GCAUAGCACCUUAUUUAAUCCAUUGUCGCUUCGAUAAGUUACUAUGUCACAUGAAAUAUGUUCAGUUAUUAGGGUUUCACUGUCGCUAAUAACCUAAUUAACUACGAUUCAUUGUAUUGGUGGCCAGUCAACACAAAGCAUUAAUUAAUUUCAUGCAAUAGAGAUUGGAAGAAAAGAAUCAUGAAUCAAUCCAUCAAAUCAAGAAAUAGCUACAUCCUAUGGUGUUUCCCCCGGAAAUUGGGGUUUAAUUCAUGACGAAAGUAAGAUAAAACGAUAGGGUUUUAUUCAUCAUGUUCUAAAUCAACAAGAAACAACUAAUUCGGUUUAGAAGAUCCAACCAACUAAUCGCUCUCGUUGAAUUCAGCUCAGGCCUUGAGAGAAGUCAAUCGAAAUUCUCAAUCGAGUGCUGCUCGCUGCUGUGUUGCUGCGCCGCUUCCUUUUCUUUCUCACCUUCAGAAUUCUUGUCCGAUCUCCUCUGUUCCGCCCAAAAUCCACCUCCUGUCCGCAAUCCCCAGCUCCAAUUAAUUCCUGGAGAAGUUCCGGCCCAAAUUCACCAAAGCCCCUUUUGUCUCGUUCCCCCAUUGGCUCUGCCUUUUGCCUUCUCGGUCCAAAUUAAGACCUCCCCCAAAUUAAUUGAUCACCGCCCAAUCCAAUUCAUGCUGCCCUCUUUUUUUAAUUCUCCGACCCAUAAUCUCCUCCUCAAGCCAAGUCCAAUUCCUAUGGGCCUUGAGUCCAAGUGAGUAGUCCACCAGUAAUUCGAGCCCGAUUUAUUGCUUGUGCACUCGCUCCUUUUUCGUGCUUUCUUCACCUGUAUCAUAUCAAACUCAUGGCACUAGGCAGUAAUGGUUUUUCAACCAUUCUCGGGUUAGCGAGCCCUAAAAUAGCACCAAUUGACUAAAACAUACCACGAAUAAUCACAUAAAGUCCCAGAAUUCAAUAUGUUAACGCCGAUUAUCACCCGCCUAUAAUGAAGUAUAACAAAUCCAGCAAAAUACACUCCCUAUUGCAUCUUACCAAUAGAACCCAAGCCAAUUGAUAUGGUAUUGAUGCAUCGUCCUCGUCCCAAUCCAAAAUAAUUGGGUUAGUUCGAUUCGUCCAAGUGAAUGGAUAUGUGGAAAAUGUUGCAAAUAAGAACUAAUUUUGUGUGUCGUUCAUUAUACAAACAUUCACUCGAUUAGGGAUAUCUAACAAAUCGAUAAUUAUUAGAUUUUAUUUCUAACUAAGUUUGUCAUCAAAAUAUAAAUAUAACUAACAUAGCAAUCAUUUUGUUCAUCUUAACGAAACUUUUCGUGAAAAUGAUGCAUAUUUGCAGCGAACUCUCUCGAAUUACUUGUCCCUGUAAUUAUGUAUCAUCUUAGAUGAUGAAUGGAUUACAAUGAUUUCCAUGUCAUCUGAUUAACUUGAGUGACUGACAUGCUAAUGUGGUAAAAAAACCAAAGUGGUGGUGACUAUUGAAAGAAAACCAAAGUUCAGUGACUGAUGUAUCACUAAUCUCAAAGUUCAGUGACGUAAUUGAGCUGCCAAAACAGAAUUUCCCACCGAUCGGAUAAUCCAUCUAUAAUUCAACGGUAUGGAAAAAAGAAACAGAGAAGAAGACCGAAUCAGAGAUCCAUAGCAUUUCCGAUUGAUCGCUUACAGUGACAGAAUCCAGUUCCCUCACUUCCUCCUCAAUCCAUUGCACUUUUACAUUACUCUUUCCCAGGAAUCCCGUAAUCUGCCAUAUCCCAUCUCUUUCUUUUCUUUACACAUUUCUUCUGCCUUUUGAGCUAUUCCGCUUUCAUGGCCGCUGAUCGAUUCAUAUGAUUAGCUUUUCAGGUGGAAUAGAGGUACUCGGAAUCCAUUUCUUUAAAAAGGGUCUUCUAAUCCAUCAGUUGGGAAAGCGAAAAGUUGCGAUCUUGUCUUCUUCCUGGUUUGCUUCGUUGUCUGACUGUGAUCGGAUCCAUGGAGUUAUGCUCUCCUUUGACCGCCAGAUAGCAAACUAGUUCGCCACUCACCAGGCUGCUUAGCGGGUAAGUUUGUCUUAGAAGUGGGGUUUCCUUGGCGUGAUGUUAUCUUUAUUGCUUCUGUGAUCUAUCUUCCUUCGUUUCUGGUUCUGAAAUCUCUGGAAAUGUGGCUCCAUGUUUAUACUUCAAUUUAUUGAACUUGGUCGAUGGUCAUUGAUAUUGUGAAUAAUGUCUUUUUUGAAAUCCAUUUCAGAAGCAACACUGUAAUUGACAUUGGCUAUACUGAUCAAAGGUUUGUAAGUUUGCUCAUUUGAUCAACUACUCUCAUGUUAAUCUGGUGCAGAUUAAACGAGAGUUUUGUGGCUUCGUGGAUGCUGUAAUGCAAUCAGCUGAUGAGAGUGAGAACAAGAAGUUGAAGCGAUCAAACGACAUGCCUGUAACUGAGAGUACCAAUCCACAAAACAUGGACGACUCUAUCUUCUUUCCGGUGGAAGAGAUUGUUCAAUCGCCUUUGCCUGGAUAUGUUGCACCAAGCGCGAUCAGCUUUAGUCCGGAUGAUUCAUUGAUAACUUUCUUGUUUAGUCCUGAUCAUUCUCUCAAUAGAAACGUCUUUACUUUGGAUCUCAAGACUGGUAAGCAGGAAUUGCUGUUUCGUCCCCCUGAUGGCGGACUUGAUGAGAGCAGCAUUUCACCAGAAGAAAAAUUGAGAAGGGAGCGUUCGAGGGAGAGAGGUCUUGGAGUGACUCGGUAUGAGUGGGCCAAGUCUAGCUCGAAGAAGAAGAAGAUUAUGGUGCCAUUGCCUGCUGGGAUUUAUUUCCAAGAAUUUUCUUCUUCGAAGCCUCAACUGAAGCUUCCAAGCUCACCAACUUCUCCCAUCAUUGAUCCUCAUCUCUCUCCAGAUGGUUCCAUGUUAGCUUACGUUAGAGAUAGUGAGCUACAUGUUCUAAAUGUCUCGCAUAAUGAAUCUAUACAGCUAACUUCUGAUUCCAAGGGCCAUCAAGUGACUAAUGCUCUUGCAGAAUAUAUUGCCCAGGAGGAAAUGGACAGGAAAAAUGGAUACUGGUGGUCCCUUGAUGGCAAAUUCAUCGCGUUCACUCAGGUCGAUUCAUCUGAGAUACCUCUUUUUAGAAUUAUGCACCAAGGGAAAAGUGCUGUUGGUUCUUCAGAGGCAGAGGAAGACCAUGCUUAUCCCUUUGUAGGUGCUUCAAAUGUGAAAGUUCGUCUUGGGGUAGUUUCUGUUGCUGGUGGUCCCAUCACUUGGAUGGAUCUUCUAUGCGGUGGAACAGAUAAUGAGGAAUAUUUGGCCAGGGUGAAUUGGAUGCAUGGAAAUGUUCUCGUAGCUCAGGUUUUGAACAGGUCACACACAAAACUAAAGAUCCUGAAGUUUGAAAUCAGGACAGGGAAGAGAGAAGUGAUUUUAGUGGAAGAACAAGAACCCUGGAUCAAUUUACACGACUGCUUCACUCCCCUGGACAAGGGUCUCAGUCAAUACUCUGGAGGUUUCUUAUGGGCUAGUGAGAAAACCGGGUUCAAACACCUUUAUCUGCAUGACGAAACUGGAACAUGCUUGGGACCAAUCACAGAAGGCCAAUGGAUGGUUGAGCAACUUGCUGGUGUUGAUGAGGCUGCAGGUUUCAUAUAUUUUACAGCAACCCUAGAUAGUCCUCUGGAAUCGAAUCUUUAUCGUGCUAAAUUGUACCCGGAUCAUGGCACCAGAAUCUCAGAGGGUCCUUUGAGAUUAACCCAUGGUAAGGGGAAACAUGUGGUUGUUCUUGAUCACCAUAUGAGGAAUUUUAUUGAUGUUCAUGAUUCCAUUGAUUCUCCACCUAGGGUUCUACUUUGUUCCUUGCUGGAUGGAAGUUUGAUAGCGCCUCUUUAUGAACAGUCAGUCGCCAUUCCAAGAUUAAAGAAGCUUGAAUUCGAUCAUCCAGAGAUCGUUCAGAUUCAGACAAAUGACGGGACUUUAUUGUAUGGGGCUUUGUAUAAGCCUGACCCAGUGAAAUUUGGACCGCCACCAUACAGAACUGUAAUUAGUGUGUACGGUGGUCCUGGUGUGCAGUGUGUCUAUGAUUCUUGGAUAAAUACAGUUGAUAUGAGAGCACAAUACUUUCGGAGUAAAGGCAUCCUAGUGUGGAAGUUGGAUAACAGAGGAAGCGCUCGACGAGGGCUCAAGUUUGAAGGCGCUCUCAAAUGCAAUGCUGGAAAAGUUGAUGCAGACGAUCAACUAACAGGAGCUGAGUGGCUCAUCAAACAAGGGCUAGCACAAGCUGGCCAUAUCGGGUUGUAUGGAUGGAGCUAUGGAGGUUACAUGUCGGCUAUGAUCUUAGCCAGGUUUCCCGACACUUUCUGCUGCGCUGUUGCAGGUGCUCCUGUAACCUCGUGGGAUGGUUACGACACAUUUUACACAGAGAAGUACAUGGGGUUGCCUCUGGAAAACCCUAGAGCCUAUGAAUAUGGCUCGGUGAUGCAUCACGUUUACAACCUGAAAGGAAAGUUGUUGUUGGUGCAUGGGAUGAUCGAUGAGAACGUUCAUUUCAGGCACACGGCGAGGCUGGUGAAUGGGUUAAUAGAAGCAGGGAAACCUUAUGAACUGUUGAUAUUCCCGGAUGAAAGACACAUGCCGAGAAGACACAAGGACCGUGUGUACAUGGAGAAUAGAAUCUGGGAGUUCAUGGAGAGGUGUCUGUGACAUUAAUUACUUAUCGCCUGCAACCUGUUUAUAGCUGAGUGGUGUUGUAAGGUCAGUAAAGGAGUUGCUAAAUUACUCACAUGUAUUAACAUUUCUCUCUUUGAUCAUACCUCUUACUGUUGUUGCUGCCUGAUCUGGAGUGAAUUUACUCGAUUGCUAAAGGUAGCAGACACUCAGGAACAGCUUGCAAGACCGUUCCAUGUAGUAUGUUGUUCACUGGCUUUUCUGGGUAUUUGUUUUCAAGCACCCCUUUGUUAUUGUUGACUUGUUGUACCUAUUUCAGUAUUUGGAGCAAGAAACCAAUUUUUCUUUGUGUUGUUGUGGUGCCCAAAAGACAACUAUGAUAGUUGCUGCAGUAAAAUUUAAUCCAAGGGUUUUCACUGUCAUGGAAUGCUAAAGGAUUACUUGUUACUACGAUUAUGGUGGUGGGGUUGGAAUGAAUUGGUCCUGUCUGA